AUGGAUCGAUCGAUCGAAGAUCGUGGAUCGGGAUCAAAAUCGUCGUCAGUCGAGAUCGUCCGAUCGGAAAGUCGAGAUCGUCGAAGAUCGAAGAGAUCGAAUCGAAGAUCGUCGAGAUCGAAGAUCGAAGUCGAGAUCGAUAAGAUCGAAGAUCGAAUCGAGAUCGUCGAUCGAAGAGAUCGAAUCGAGAUCGUCGAUCGAAGAGAUCGAAUCGAGAUCAUCGAGAUCGAUCGAAGAGAUCGUCAAGAUCGAAGAGAUCGUCGAGUCGAGAUCGUCAAGAUCGAAGAUCGAUCGAGAUCGAAAGAUCGAGAGAUCGAAUCGAGAUCGAUCGAAGAGAUCGUCGUCGAUCGAUCGAUCGAUCGAUCGUCGUCGAGAUCGAUCGAUCGAUCGAUCGAUCGAGAUCGUCAAAUCGAUCGAAGAUCGAAGAUCGAGAUCGAUCGAGAUCGAUCGAGAUCGAAUCGAGAUCGAUCAAGAUCGAAGAGAUCGAAUCGAUCGAUCGAUCGAUCGAGAUCAUCGAGAGAUCGAAGAUCGAGAUCGUCGAUCGAAGAUCGAUCGAUCGAUCGAUCGAAGAUCGAGAGAUCGAUCGAGAUCGAUAAGAUCGAAGAUCGAAUCGAUCGUCGAUCGAAGAUCGAAUCGAGAUCGUCAAGAUCGAGAGAUCGAAGAUCGAGAUCAUCGAUCGAAGAGAUCGAAUCGAGAUCGAUCGAUCGAGAAGAUCGAAUCGAGAUCGAUAAAGAUCGAAUCGAUCGAUCGAUCGAUAAGAUCGAGAGAUCGUCGAUCGAUAAGAUCAGAGAUCGAAUCGAGAUCGAUCGAUCGAGAGAGAUCGAGAUCAUAAGAUCGAUCGAUCGAGAUCGAGAUCGUCGAAGAUCGAAAGAUCGAUCGAUCGUCGAUCGAGAGAUCGAAUCGAGAUCGUCGAUCGAGAGAUCGAUCGAUCGAUCGAUCGAUCGAUCGAGAUCGAUCGAGAUCGUCGAGAUCGAUCGAUCGAUCAUCGAUCGAAGAUCGAAGAGAUCGAAUCGAGAUCGAUCGAUCGAAGAUGAUCGUCGAAGAUCGAGAUCGAUCGAGAUCGAAGAUCGAAUCGAUCGAAUCGAGAUCGUCGAUCGAAAGAUCGAAUCGAGAUCGAUCGAUCGUCGAGAUCGAUCGAUCGUCGAUCGAUCGAUCGAGAGAUCGUCAAAUCGAGAUCGUCGAAUCGAUCGAAGAUCGAUCGAGAUCGAAUCGAAAGAUCGAAAGAGAUCGUCGAUCGGGAUCGAUCGUCGAUCGAGAGAUCGAAUCGAGAUCGAUAAGAUCGAAGAUCGUCGAUCGAUCGAGAUCGAUAAGAUCGAGAGAGAUCGAAUCGAGAUCGAUCGAAGAUCGAAGAGAUCGAAUCGAGAUCGUCGAUCGAAAGAUCGAAUCGAGAUCGUCGAAGAUCGAAGAGAUCGAUCGAGAUCGUCGAAGAAGAGAUCGUCGAGAAGAUCGAAUCGUCGAUCGAUCGAUCGAAAUCGAUCGAGAGAUCGGGGAUCUCGAGAUCGUCGAAGAUCGAGAGAUCGUCGAGAUCGAAUCGAGAGAUCGAAAGAUCGUCGAGAUCGAUCGAUCGAGAUCGUCGAGAUCGAUCGAUCAUCGAUCGAAGAUCGAAAGAUCGUCGUCGGAAGAUCGAAAGAUCGAGAGAUCGUCGAUCGAUCGAUCGAUCGAAGAUCGAGAUCGAUCGAUCGAUCGAUCGAUCGAGAUCAUCGAUCGAUCGAUCGAAGAUCGAAUCGAUCGAUCGAAAGAUCGAAUCGAUCGAGAUCGAAGAUCGAUCGAUCGAUCGAUCGUCGAUCGAAGAUCGAGAUCGAGAUCGUCGAAGAUCGAAAGAUCGAAUCGAUCGAUAAGAUCGAAGAUCGAAUCGAGAUCGAAUCUAAGAUCGAAGAGAUCGAAUCGAUCGAUCGAUCGAAGAGAUCGAUCGAGAUCGAUCGAUCGAAGAGAUCGAUCGAGAUCGAUCAGAUCGAAGAUCGGAUCGAGAUCGAUCGAGAUCGAGAUCGAUCGAGAUCGAAUCGAUCGAGAUCAUCGAUCGAGAUCGUCAAGAUCGAAGAUCGAAGAUCGAUCGAUCGAUCGAAGAUCGAUCGAUCUCGAUCGAGAUCGAAGGAUCGAAGAGAUCGAUCGAUCGAUCCGAGAUCGAAGAGAUCGAUCGUCGAUCGAUCGAGAAGAUCGAAGAGAUCGAUCGAUCGAUCGAUCGAUCGAUCGAUCGAUCGAUCGAUCGUCGAUCGAGAUCGAUCGAUCGAUCAUCGAAGAUCGAUCGAAAGAUCGAUCGAUCGUCGAUCGAUCGAUCGAUCGAAAGAGAUCGAUCGAUCGAGAUCAAUCGAUCGAUCGAUCGAUCGAAGAAGAUCGAUCGAGAUCGAUCGAUCGUCGAUCGUCGAGAUCGAUCGAAGAUCGAUCGAUCGAGAUCGAUCAAGAUCGAAAAGAUCGAAUCGAGAUCGAAAAGAUCGAUCGAGAUCGAGAUCGAGAUCGAUCGAUCGAAGAGAUCGAAGAAGAUCGAAGAUCGAGAUCGAGUCGUCGAUCGAAGAUCGAAAGAUCGUCGAAUCGAUCGAUCGAAGAUCGUCGAGAUCGAAUCGAUCGAUCGAAGAUCGAAGAUCGAUCGAGAUCGAUCGAAGAUCGAUCGAGAUCGAUCGAGAUCGUCAGAUCGAAGAGAGAUCGAUCGAGAUCGAUCGAUCGAUCGAUCGAUCGAGAUCGAUCGAAGAGAUCGAGUCGAGAUCGUCGAUCGAUCGAAGAUCGAAUCGAGAUCGAUCGAGAUCGAAGAUCAGUCGAGAUCGAUCGAUCGAUCGAAGAGAUCAUCGAGAUCGAUCAGAUCGAAAAAGAUCGAGUCGAGAUCGUCGAGAUCGAAGAUCGAUCGAGAUCAUCGAGAUCGAAGAGAUCGAGAUCAUCGAGAUCGAGAUCAGUCGAGAUCGUCGUCGUCGAGAGAUCGGAUCGUCGAUCGUCGAGAUCGAGAUCGAUCGUCGAGAGAUCGAGAGAUCGUCGAAGAUCGAGAUCGUCGAGAUCGAUCGAGAUCAUCGAAGAGAUCGAUCGAGAUCGAAAGAUCGAAGAGAUCGAUCGAGAUCAUUAAGAUCGAGAUCGAUCGAAUCGAGAUCGAUCGAGAUCGAGGAUCGAUCGAGAUCGUCGAUCGUCGAAGAUCGAUCGUCGAGAUCGAUCAAGAUCGAAAGAUCGAGAUCGAGAUCGUCGAUCGAAGAGAUCGAUCGAGAUCGUCGAUCGAGAAGAGAUCGAGAUCGUCGUCGAUCGAGAGAUCGAUCGAGAUCGAUCGAUCGAAAGAUCGAUCGAAGAUCAUCGAUCGAAGAGAUCGAGAUCGAUCGAAUCGAAGAGAUCGAAUCGAGAUCGUCGAUCGAAGAAGAUCGAAUCGAGAUCGAUCGAUCGAUCGAGAUCGAAUCGAUCGAGAUCGAUCGAUCGAGAUCGUCGAAUCGAUCGAGAUCGUCAAGAUCAGAGAUCGAGAUCGAGAUCGAUCGAUCGAAAGAUCGAAUCGGAUCGUCGAAGAUCGUCGAUCGAUCGAAAUCGUCGUCGAAGGAUCGUAAGAUCGAAGAAGAUCGAUCGUCGAAAUCGUCGAAGAUCGAUCGAAGAUCGAAUCGAUCGAGAUCGUCGAAAUCGAUCGAAUCGAGAUCGAGAUCGAUAAAGAUCGAAGAUCAGAUCGAGAUCGUCGAUCGAAUCGAUCGAUCGAGAUCGAUCGAAGAUCGAAGAUCGAUCGAGAUCGAAAGAUCGAAGAGAUCGAUCGUCGAGAUCGAAAGAUCGAAGAAGAUCGAAUCGAGAUCGAUCGAUCGAAGAUCGAUCGAGAUCGAUCGAUCGAAGAGAUCGAGUCGUCGAUCGAUCGUCGAUCGAUCGAGAUCGAUCGAAGAUCGAAGAUCGAAUCGAGAUCGAUCGAUCGAGAAGAGAUCGAUCGAUCGAUCGAUCGAGAUCGGAUCGAUCGUCGAAGAUCGAGAUCGAGAUCGAGAGAGAUCGAGAUCGAAGAUCGAUCGAGAUCAUCGAGAUCGAUCGAAGAGAGAGAUCGAUCGAUCGAUCGAGAUCGUCGAUCGAUCGAUCGUCGAUCGAUCGAGAGUGAUCGAUCGAAGAGUCGAUCGAUCGAAUCGAUCGAGAAGAUCGUCGAGAUCGUCGAGAGAGAUCAUCGUCGAUCGAGAUCGAUCGAGUCGAUCGUCGAUCGAAGAUCGUCGAUCGAUCGUCGAUCGUCGAUCGAUCGUCGAGAUCGAGAUCGAUCGAAAGAUCGUCGAAUCGAUCGAGAUCGUCGAGAUCGUCGAUCGAAGAUCGUCGAUCGUCGAUCGAUCGUCGAUCGAUCGAUCGAUCGUCGAGAUCGAAGAUCGUCGAUCGAUCGAUCGAUCGAUCGAGAUCGAGAUCGUCGAGAUCGUCGAUCAUCGAUCGAGAUCAGUCGAGAUCGUCGAUCGAAGAGAUCGAAUCGAGAUCGUCGAAGAUCGAGAGAUCGAUCGAGAUCGUAAGAUCGAAGAGAUCAGUCGAGAUCGUCGAUCGAGAGAUCAGAUCGAGAUCGUCGAUCGAAGAGAUCGAUCGAGAUCGAUCGAAGAUCGAUCGAAUCGGAUCGUCGAUCGAAGAGAUCGAUCAGAUCAUCGAUCGAGAUCGAUCGAGAUCGAAUCGAAGAUCGAUCGAAGAUCGAUCGAUCGGAUCGUCGAUCGAAGAUCGAGAUCGAUCGAUCGAUCGAUCGAAAAGAUCGAGAAUCGAUCGAUCGAUCGAUCGAUCGAAAUCGAGAUCGUCGAGAUCGAUCGAGAUCGGUCGAUCGAGAUCGAAGAGAUCGUCGAAUCGUCGAAGAUCGAAGAGAUCAGAUCGAAGAUCGAAGAUCGAAAAGAUCGAAUCGAGAUCGAAAUAAAGAUCGAUCGAUCGAUCGAGAUCGAUCAUCGAAUCGAGAUCGUCCGAAGAUCGAGAGAUCGAAUCGAGAUCGAGAUCGAAGAGAUCGAUCGAGAUCGUCGAUCGAGAUCGUCGAUCGAUCGAAGAUCAGAUCGAAUCGAAGAUCGUCGAUCGAAUCGAUCUUCUAAAAUCGAUCGAUGUCGAGAUCGUCGAAGAUCCGAUCGUCGAGAUCGUCGAUCGAAUCGUCGAUCAUCAGAUCGAAGAUCGAAUCGAGAUCGAAGAUCGAGAUCGAUCGAGAUCGUCGAUCGAAGAGAUCGAUCGAGAUCGUCGAAGAUCGAAGAUCGAUCGAGAUCGUCGAUCGAUCGAGAUCGAAGAUCGAUCGUCGAGAUCGAUCGAUCGAAGAGAUCGAUCGAUCUCGAAAUCGAGAUCGAUCGUCAGAUCGAAGAAAAGUCGAUCGAUCGAUCGAGAGAUCGAGAUCGAGAUCGAUCGAUCGAAGAGAAGAUCGAUCGAAGAUCGAUCGAGAGAUCGAUCGAGAAGAUCGAAUCGAUCGAAGAUCGAAUCGAGGAUCGAUCGAAGAUCGAAGAUCGAGAUCGUCGAAGAUCGUCGAGAUCGAGAUCGUCGAAGAGAUCGAUCGAUCGAGAUCGAUCGAUCGAUCGAUCGAAGAAAGGAUCGAUCGAUCGAGAUCGAGAUCGAGAUCGAGAGAUCGAUCGAUCGAUCGAAGAUCGAGGAUCGAGAUCGAUCAGAUCGAUCGAGAUAAUCGUCGAAAUCGUCGAAUCGUCGAGAUCGUCAAGAUCGAUCGAGAUCAGUCGAUCGUCGAUCGAAAGAUCGGAUCGAAUCGAUCAUCGAGAUCGAUCGAGAUCGAUCAGUCAUCGAAUCGAUCGAAUCGUCAAGAUCGAUCGUCGAAUCGAGAUCGUCAGAUCGAUCGAUCGAGAUCGAAGAGUCGUCGAGAUCGAGAUCGAGAUCGGAAUCGAAGAUCGAAAGAUCUCGAAUCGAGAUCGAAUCGAAGAUAGAGAUCGAGAUCGAGAUCGUCGAGAUCGAUCGAGAUCGAUCGAGAUAGAUCAGAUCGAAGAUCGAAGAUCAGAUCGAGAUCGAUCGAUCGAUCGAGAUCGUCGAUCGAAGAUCGUCGAUCGAGAAGAUCGAAUCGAUCAUCGAUCGAAAGAUCGAAUCGAAUCGAUCGAUCGAAGAUCGAUCGAUCGUCGAGAUCGUCGAGAUCGAAGAAGUCGAGAGAUCGUCGAUCGAUCGAUCGAGAUCGAGAUCGUCGAGAAGAUCGAGAUCGAUCAGUCGAGAUCGUCGAUCGAAGAGAUCGAAAAGAGAUCGAUCGAAGAUCGAUCGUCGAUCGAUCGUCGAUCGUCGAUCGAAAGAUCGAUCGAUCGAGAUCGUCGAAGAUCAGUCGAGAUCGAUCGAAAGAUCGAGAAAGAGAGUCGAGAUCGUCGAUCGAAAGAUCGAUCGAUCGUCGAUCGAUCGAAAUCGAGAUCGUCGAUCGAUCGAUCGAUCGAUCGAAGAGAUCGUCGAGAUCGAAAGGAUCAGAGAUCGAGAUCGUCGAGAUCGAGAAGAUCGAGAUCGAGAUCGAUCGAUCGAGAUCGAAUCGAGAUCGUCGAGAUCGAUCGAAGAAAUCGAGAAUCGAUCGAAUCGAUCAAUCGAGAUCGUCAGAUCGAAGAGAUCGUCGAGAUCGAUAAGAAUCGAGAUCGUCGAUCGAAAUAA